CAUCACCCCCUACCAUCUCAGGACCUUUCCAAGCUCAACCGCGACCCCAACAAGGUCAUCUACAUCAGCUCUCUGCCCCAGUCGGUGCUGCAGAAGGAGAAUCUCGUCUCCCUGUCCGCCUGGAAGGACACCGGUGCAGACACUGCCUUGUUGGACCUCCUGCCCUUCCUCGAGUGUGUGGCACGGCAGCGGCCGGCAGAUAUUCGAGUGGUGCUGCAAUCAUAUGAGGGCCAGGAUAUCCCAACUGCUUUUAAGGAGCGCUCCAAGCUCAUGCAAAAGCAACUUCAAGAGAGGAAACAGCACGGGAUUUUCCGCUUUGCAAGGGGUGGGUCGUAGUGAGAAGCAUCAUGCGGGAAGGGGGAUUUGAGGUUGAAGGAUAGUUAUGAGGACACUUCAGAAGUCAAGACGAUGGACCUUACAAUUAAGGAACUUCCAUGCCAUUGUAAUAUGUGCAAUGGCGUCUCAUCUCAAGCGUUAGGACGAAAAUGGGAGACCUUGAGAGAUAGUAUCUAUGAAAAUACAUGGCAGUGCGUCUGGAAUUCUGUCUAGCACGCGUCGGCGAGUAUAGCAUACGCCAUGAUGAUGUGUCAACUUCUCAUUGAC